AUGAGCACAAUCAAGACGAACGCAAUCGACAGGAGCGCAAUUGACAAAAGUGCAAUCAACAGCAGCUCAAUGGACAGGAGCACAAUCAAGAGGAGUGCAAGCGACAGGAGCGAGCACUGUGCUGCAGCAGCGCAAUCGAGAGGAGCGCAAUCACGAGCAGAGCAGGAGAGAGGAGCACAAUCGAAAACAGGAGAGCAAUCGACAGGAGCUCACUCGAGAGCAGAGCAGGAGAGAGGAGCGCAAUCGACAGUAGCGCAAGAGAGAGGAGUGCAAUCGAGAGGAGAGCAACCGAGAGGAGCGCAAUCGAGAGCAGAGCAGCAGAGAGGAACGCAAUCAAGAGGAGCGCUCACUCUGCUGCAGCAGCGCAAUCGAGAGGAGUGCAACCAAGAGGACCACAAUCGACAGGAGCUCACUCGAGAGCAGAGCAGGAGAGAGCAGCGCAUUCGACAGGAGCACAAUCGACAGGAGCACAAUCAACAGGAGCACAAUCAACAGGAGCACAAUCAAGACGAGUGCAAGAGAGAGGAGCGCAAUCGAGAGCAGCGCAAUCGACAGGAGCGCAAUUCGAAGCAGCUAACACUCUGCUGGAGCAGCGCAAUCGAGUGCAGAGCAAGAGAGAGCAGAGCUAUCGACAGGAGCGCAGGAGAGAGGAGCUCUACCGACAGGAGCGCAAGAGAGAGGAGUGCAAUCGAGAGAAGAGCAGCAGAGAGUAGUGCAAUCGACAGGAGCUCUAUCGAGAGCAGAGCAGGAGAGAGGAGAGCAAUCCACAGGAGCGCAAGAGAGAGGAGUGCAAUCGAGAGGAGCGCAAUUGAGAGCAGCGCUCACUCUGCUGUAGCAGCGCAAUCGAGAGGAGCGCAAUCGAGACGAGUGCUCACUCUGCUGGAGCAGCACAAUCGACAGGAGCGCAAUCAAGAGGAUAGCAAUCGACAGGAACUCUAUCGACAGGAGUGCAAUCGACAGGAGUGCAAGAGAGAGCAGAGCAAGGGAGAGGAGCGCAAUUGA